AUGGAUAUUGGGACAGCAAAGUUCCCAGCCUACCUCCCCUUCAUUCUCAAUGAUAUCUCUUCGAGCUGUUUCAUAGCCAUGGAUUUUGAACUGUCCGGCCUUGCAUUCCCGCCAAGUGAACGGCUCGAGACACCAACCGUGCAGGAGCGAUACCUCGAAGCCAAGGUAGCUGCUGAGCGCUACCAAAUCUUGCAAGUGGGAUUGGCCAUUUGCCAUGAGAACAGCACGACUGCCACUUACACCCUCAAGCCCUACAACUUCAAUAUCAGUCCGAUCACUGAUCCUGGAACGAACGUGAACCGAGAUUGGGUGUUUGGAAGCCGAUCAAUGGAGUUCCUUCUCGCACAGGGCUUCAGCAUUGACACAAUGUGCAAAACUGGUAUCCGGUACCUUUCCCGGGAAGAAGAGGCAUCGGCCAUCCGAAUUGCCGUGGAAAAAUCUCGUUCUCGGACAGCCAUUCCUGAUAUCAAGAUCCAAGAGGACGACAUAGAGUGUUUGGAAUUCUUACAAUCAUCACGGCUGACGAUCAAUGAGUGGUUAGCAGAGGGCGAGAACCGCCAAGAGUGGCUGAAUAUUCCACCACCGGCCAGCCUCCCAUCUCCUCCCUGCGAAAUUCCUCUGGGGCUGAGCAACACACAGAAGCGGCUUGUGCAUCAACUCAUCAGCAUCGAAUACCCAGGUCUGACGUCUCGGGGAGCACCGGACUUUGUCCAGAUCCAGGAUCGAGACCCUGAAUCCGAGCGACGAGUCUUUGAAACGAAGUUGAAAACCAGAAAGCAACGUAUUCGAGACAACAUCGGGUUCCGAUGGAUUGCAGAAGCACUCGUUGGGGGCAACUUCGAUGAGCUUGACCCGGAAGCCUUCAAUCCCUUGCUGAAAAGAAUCGAAAAUCCGACGCUAGACGUACAGCAAAUAUCGGAGAGAAUAAAAACCCAGCUCAAACGGAACAGACCUGUUCUGGUAGGGCACAACAUGUUCUUCGACCUGCUCUUCUUCUACAGGUGUUUCAUAGGCUCAUUGCCAGACACCCUCGAGGAAUUCAAUGGCGCCAUCCAUGAGUUGUUUCCCGUGUUAGCCGACACCAAGUAUAUGGCCACCCACGAUUGCGGCGUCAUGGCACAACAGUCUGCUUUGGAGGAUCUGAACAGAAAUCUGGCACAUCUGGAAUAUCCCAAGAUAGAGAUCGAUACCCGCUUCACGAAGUAUAGAACCCGCAGAUGCGCCCACGAAGCAGGUUACGAUAGCCUACUGACGGCCCUAGCCUUCAUCAAAUUGGCAGGGAAUCUUCAGCGGAAUCCAGCAAUCUGCUCCUCCGUGGAGGAAAUGCACUCGGAGAAAUCUCGAAGCGUCUUUGCCAUUGCCAUGCAGCAAUUGGAUCGCCAGAUAUUGUCAGCCAAGAGUGAGUCCCACGAUUUCCUUGAGCAGGGGCGCGAUGUCAUCCCAACCAUUGAUGAAGGUCAAAUUGCGGUACCCGGCAGAUCCUGGGAAGACAACGGGGACAGGCAAAUCACAAGCUUGGCCAACCGAGGAAGAUUGGUGCCGCGCCUGGGCACUAUCUUUUGGGCCAACUACGGAAACAAACUGCGAGUGUUCGGCACGCAAGAAGGGAUCAUCCGAGUGGUUGAUCGCCAGGUCAAGGAAGAGGAAGCCAAGGAGAUCAAGGUCGGGAUAUUGAUUGAUAUUGAUUGA